AUGAUUUCCCUUCUGAGAAAGUCAUUCCCAAAUGCCAUCACCCAAACCAAUCGCGUAGUCAGGUGCAAAUCCAAGCAGGACAAGUGCGCCAGGAACGCCUUGAUCAUCCUGGCCCCGGGAGCUGAGGAGAUGGAGUUCACCAUAUCCGCCGAUGUGCUGCGAAGAGCAAAGAUCAAUGUUACAGUGGCGGGUUUGCACGGUUGUGAGCCAGUCAAGUGCUCCCGGUCUGUGGUCAUCGUGCCGGACACUUCGCUGGAGCACGUCGUGACCAGGGGCGACUACGAUGUGCUGGUCCUGCCCGGAGGAUUGGCCGGCAACAAGGCGUUGAUGAACUCGUCCGCCGUUGGCGAAGUGCUGCGUUGCCAGGACUCCAAGGGCGGCCUGAUUGCCGCCAUCUGUGCCUCUCCCACUGCGCUAGCCAAGCACGGAAUCGGCAGGGGAAAGUCCGUUACCUCGCAUCCGGAUAUGAGGCCGCAGCUGAUGGAACUUUAUUGUUACAUAGACGACAAGACUGUGGUGCAGGAUGGUAACCUUAUCACCAGUCGUGGUCCUGGAACCACUUUUGACUUCGCCUUGAAGAUUACCGAGCAACUGGUUGGAGUUGAGGUUGCCAAGGAGGUGGCCAAGGCGAUGCUCUGGCCAUACAAACCAUGAGGGAGCUGGAGGAUAGCUGAUCCCAUAUACAUAUAUUUCAUAGAAAUAAAAAUUUGUAGUUUUAAAAAUA